AGGGUGGGACUGUGAGCAGGAGAGGGUAGGGCUCAGCCUGGAGUCUGACCAUGGCCGAAGCCAUGGCCUUCAGAGGUCCUGAUCCCUACUUCCCUGCAUUCCUGCUGAGCCAGAGACUCAAGGCAGAAGAGAAGACACUGGACCUGGAGUUUGAGAUCUUGAGUGUGGGAUUUAAUGAGGAGGGCCGAUAUGCCCUGAGGCUGUCAGCUGAGAACCCACUGCAGGCAGGCUCCAGCACUGGAGUGAAGUUGCAAGUCAAUGAUGGGGACCCCCUCCCAGCCUGCUCAGCUCUCACUGAUGUCAUUGAACAGCAGGAUCCUGGCCAAAGCCUCACCUUCACCAGGAACAAAUUUAUCUUUACUUUGCCCAAAGGGUUCUGUAAGAAUGAUGGGCAGAGCGACGCACAUCUUCGUGUGGAGGCUCUGAAGCUGGAUGGCUCCUCGAGGCAGGUGGCUCAGAGGGUAGGGGAGGCCAUUUUCCCCAUCUACCCACGACCAGAUGAGCCCCGAAUGAACCUUACAGCACAGGAUCAUGAAGACCUGUAUCGCUAUUGUGGCAACCUGGCUCUUCUCCGAGCCAGUAAGGACCGCACAGCCCGUCACUGUGGCGGCCUGGCUUACAGUGUGGCCUUCCAUGUGCACAGGGCUCCUAGGUCCUCUGUCUCAAACUGCCUUCUGGAGCCCAGCCAACCAGAGAUACAGACUUCCAGGGAGGUCUCGAGUGACAAGGCAGAAGUCUUUUCUUUGACCCCAUCCAGCACUGACAGUGACCAGGAGGGACUCAGCUGGGAACCAGGACCUUGGCAACAUCAGGCUCAGGCAGAGCUGUUGAAGAGGGAAACUUUGAACUGGAAAUCCCCAGUUAUAGGACUUUCUCAGCCUCUGCUUCCCCACCUGUGAAAUGGGUGAGAACUCCUGUGUCCACUGUUGCUGGGAAGGUCUGAGUGGAAGUGAAGUGGUGUAUAGUCCAGCAUACCCUGCAGCAGACAUUUAACAAAAGCUUGCUGUUCUAGCAACGAAUGCACAGCGGAAUCUGUGUUGAACACGGCAUAGAUCAGACCUCCAUUUCCGCACCUAGAAAACAAGAUUGCUCCUUCUUGC